GGCGCGACGUCGAUUGCAGCGCCAUCUAUCGACCGUGACACGACACACGAGCAAUUAAAACCAGAACGCAUAGUGUUCGUGAUCGCAUACGACGUAUUUUGUUUGUGUUGAUAACUUGUCCCCUUGUGGUCUAAUGCUACUAGUACUAGUGGAACUGUCCAUUUGCAAUGAAGUACAGAGUUCAUGUUUUGAAGCCAGGCUACUCUGAGUUCGAUGGCGAUUCCUUGAGAGCAGACGGAACAAUAACUCUGUUAAAAGGAAGACACAACAUUAUGGUUGAUUGCGGCAGUCCAUGGGAUGAAGACAUAAUUUUAACAGAGGUACUGAAGAUUGCAGACUACAUUGUGCCAGGGCAUGGCCAGAUGUUUAAAGUGACAGAGGAAAUGAGAAAUACCGAGGAAUCUUAUCUGAAUUGGGAUCGUCCGGAUGAGGGUGAACUGACAUAGAGAAACGUCUAGGCUGCCAACAGUAAAUGUUUGAUGGACAAGAUGAGCAGAGCUGACAGGAUAUUUGUUUAGUGCUGACAGGGUAUUUGUUUAGAGCUGACACACCAGUAUAUUUCGAGAAAAUUGCGGUUAUUUAUGGCAGGUCCAGGGCCUCUAGUCCGUGUUGCUGGUUGAGGGAAAUCUGGUACCACUGACGAGGUGUAGUAUAAUGUACCUGUGUGCCAUUUAUAACACUGGCAGAUUGUAGUUUAGAAACAGAUAUGAAAGGUGUUGUUGAGUAAGGCCACAAUGCAAGAUGCUUAUUGUUAUCAGGAGUGAAUAAUAAUAGAUCUAUAGAAUCUGUUAUUAUUCACUCCUGGUAGAUCCUAAUAGAUUAUUCAAUCUGUUAUUAUCACUCCUGUUGUUAUGGUGCUUGACAUACUGCACUGUCGUGGCAUAAGUUUUUUGUGACUAGUUAUAAUAUACAUGAGGUAAUUAUGACAAAAAGUGAAUAUAUUCCACGUUGUUCUUAUUUUCGGAAUUGCAGAGCUUGAGCUUCAAAGCAGUAUUUUUAGUUACAUUUGUCAUCUAUCAUUCACAGCUAAACAUAGUAUCUGUACAGCUUAAAUUAUGCCCUUGCUGUGGCAGAUAAGGUCAGGGGGACAUAGACCCUACGAGCCUUGAGAACAAGCAAUAAGAAGUUCAAAGAUCCUGACUGGAAUCAAAUACAGUUAUACACUUACACCAGCAAAUAGUAUCUGUUGUUUGAACAGUAAAAAUGGCUGUGUAGAAUCAAAACUAUUUAACAAACACUUAUAGCAUAGUUAUCGCUUCGUUUCGUUUCACAUAACGUGAUAUGUGUCUUAUGGUGCCAGAUUGUUAAGCCUAGGUCAAAUUGAUGCCAUGUGAUAAGCAAAUUAUCAGGUUGGGUAUAUUGAUAUAAUGUUUUUGUAAAUAUUUCUAGUCUUACACGUGACUUAAAUAGCUGCUUGUCUUUUUUGUAAACAUUUUAUAAAAUAUUUUAUCAAUUACAUGACACCAGCGUUCAAUGGUACAAGAUUCAUGGUGCUGAUAAUGCACUGUCACUGUUGUAAGAUUAGUAAUAUUACAUGAGACCAAUAUUUGCUCUAUUUAAUUUAUUUCUGGAAUAUUAUUAUGUUUGGGAAUUUAUUUCCCAUUUAACUAGGGAAAAAAAUCUAAGCAACCACACUGAUAAUCUUAUAUUAUUGUCUUGUAUAAAAAAAAAAAAACGUUCAUGACGUGUGAUGUUAUUGAGGAACAAGACUUAUGUAUUCCAUGUUUUUUUAAAUUCGAUGAGAAGUUUAAUAUAUUUUAUUGUGAUUGAUUUA